AUGACUGAGGUGAUGAACUCUCUGGAACCGGGGACGGAGGACUUCAGCGGUGGAGCAGGAGGAGACCAGGACUCAAUAUUCCCAGAUACCCAUGAAAGGUAUCCAAAGUUGACCAAGAGGCUUCCAUCCAUCGUGGUGGAGCCGACCGACGCGGCCGAGGUGGAGAGCGGGGAGCUACGCUGGCCGCCGGACGAGCCGAGCUCCCCCGACGGCCAAACCGAGAGACAGAGCGUAGAGGAGCAAGCUGCAGGUGAGGAGCAGUCGGACGUCGCUGUGGAUGAAGAAGCUUCAGCGGCGGAGAUGCAGGACUCCAACUGA